AUGCUUCAGCAGAUUGCGGUCCCCCCACCCGCGAGGGAACGCGUUGUUGCAGCAGCCCUUGAGUCUGCAGCAGCAGCAGCAGCUGCUGCUGCUGAAGCCAACGUGCUGCAGGAGCAGCAGCAAGCUGCAGCAGCUGCUGCUGCAGCAGAAGCCAACGCGCUGCAGGAGCAGCAGCAAGCAGCAGCAGCAGCUGCUGCUGAAGCCAACGUGCUGCAAGAGCAGCAGCAAGCUGCAGCAGCUGCUGCCGCUGCUGAAGCCAAUGAGCUGCAGCAGCAGCAGCAGCAGCAAGUUGCAACAGCAGCGUUUGCUGCUGCUGCUGAGGCCGAAGCCGUACAAGCAGAUCAGCAAGCUGCAGCAGCAGCAGCAGAAUUAGCAGUCGAUGCUGCAGCAGCGCGCUCCUCUCCCACCCAAUCACAAGGACAGGAGCAGCAGCAGCAGCAGCAGCAACCGGAAGUCGUACCGGAGCAGCAGAAUCUUUUAGCAGCAGCUGCUGCUAUUACCGAUGCAGCAGCAGCAGCAGCAGCAGCAACAGCAGCCCCGUCUCCUGCCCCUUCCAGUGUGGGGGGGAACAGCCUUGCUGAAGCAGCAGCAGCAGGAACGGUAGCAGCAGCAGCAGGAACGGCAGCAGCAGCAGCAACUCCACAGUCAAUGGCUGAAGACACAGAUGAGGCUGCAGCAGCAGAUACGGCAGCGCCAGCAGCAGCAUCAGCAGCAGCAGCAGCUGCUGCUGCUGAUGCUGCAGCACCAUCCUCGGCAGUGGAGAACGCUGCCACCGUAGUUUCUUCGGAUGAUGCAGCAGCAGCAGCAGCAGCAGCAGCAGGGGCCCCCCGUGCUGAGGAUGCAUGCACUUUGAGCAGAGGUUUUGCUGCGGGUGGGGCGGCUUUCCCUUCGCAGCUGCAGCAGCAGCUGCAGCAACAGCUGCAGCAACAACUGCAACAGCAGCUAGAGCAGCAGUUGCAGCUGCAGCAGCACCUGCAGCAGCAGCAGCAGCUGCAGCAACUGCAGCAGCAGCAGCUGCUGCUCCCAGAUUGUUUAAACUACGGCACCGACAACCCGUUUGUCUCUUCAGCUCCCUUAGAGGGCAUGGGGCUGCCAGGGCUAUCAGCAGCAGCAGCAGCAGCAGCAGCAGCAGCAGCGACAGGAGCCUCCUCGGACCUUUUUGCUGGCUCCCCCUGCACGCAGCAGCAAGCAGCAGCAGCAGCAGCAGCAGAUCGAUUUGCCUCUCUUGCUGCUCUAGCCAACAUCCCUCUCCCCCCUCAGCUGUCUGGUGCACACCCUGCGCUGCUGUCUGCUGCUGCGCUUCCGCUGCUGCCGCAGCAGCAGCAACAGCAGCAGGGAUCGGCAACUCCGCAGGCUGCUGCAGAUCCACAGCCAAAUGGCGUUGCUGAAGCGAGCAGCUUGCAGCAGCAGCAGCAAGAACAACCCCACGAUACUUCUGCCCCUGCAGAUGACGCAGCUGCAGCAACAGCUGCAGCAGCAGCAGCAGCAGCAGCAGCACCCACCGAGAUGAAUGGUCAGGAGCAGCUGUUGCUGCAACAGCAGUUGCUGCAGCAGCACAUCUUACAGCUCGCGGGACAACAGCAGCAGCAGCAGCAGCAAGUGGCUGCACUAAGAGCCAAGGCCGACGCAGCGGAGACGGAGGCAGACCCAGCAGCAGCAGCAGCAGCAGCAGCUGACGGAGCGCAGCAAGAGCAGCAGCAGCCGCAGCAGCAGCAGCAGCAGAAUGACAGUGUGUGGCCGAAACAGGAGCAGCAGCGAGAAGAGCAGCAAAAGGAUGCAGAAGGCAAGGGGAACGCUGCAGGAGGAGCAGCAGCAACAGCAGCAGAGAAGGAGCAGCAGGAGCAGCAGCAGCAGCAAGAUGGAGACAGCAGGAAGCCUCAGGCAGAUGAUUUUUCUUCGCUUUUAAAAUGCUGGCCGUCAAGCGGCAGCUACCCCAUGAUGCUGCAGCUGCCUUCUGCUGAUCCUGCUGCUUCUUUGGGGGCUCUAGAGGCGCUGCAGAUGAAGCCAGCACAGGGAGACAACUCGCAGCAGCAGCAGCAGCAGCAGGGGUCUCUGGCGGCAGCAGCAGCUGCAGCAGCAGCAGCUGCUGCUGCUGCAACUGUUGCUUUCGAUCCGUUUGCUGCUGUCAGCAGCGAAGAACAUCUGGCCGUGCUGCAGCACAUCAGACUUCUGUCUAUAAAGACAGCAGCAGCAGCAGCGAAGAAAGAGCGGCUUAAAGAGGCCCCCGCGGCACCAGCAGCAGCAGCAGAAGCAGCAGCAGCAACAGCAGCAGCAACCGAAAAUGGAGAUGGAGAUGCUGCUGCUAGUGCUGGUGUUGCUGCGCCUGGGGACGCCGACACAUCUUCAGCAGCAGCGGCUGCAGCAACAGCAGCAACAGCAGCACCAGCAGCAGGCGCUGCAGCAGGCGGCGAAACAGCAGCGACGGAGGCAGCGGCUGCUGGUGAUCCACCCGCAGCAGCAGCAGCAGCAGCAGCAACAGCAGCAGAGAAGGAAUCAGUAGAAGAGGUAGAGGAGACAGUGCUGGCGCUGAGAGAGGAGCAGCAACAGCAAGUGCAGCGGCUGCUUGAAGGUCUUACUGAAGAAGAGUUGUCUUGUGCUGCUGCUGCAGCACAUGCUUCUUCUACGCUGCUGCAGCAGCAAGAACAGCAGCAAGAAGAAGAUGCCCUCGACGAGAGACUGCGGGUUGUCAGCAGUUUUCUUAAGUCGCUCGAGGGGACAGCAGCAGCAGCAGCAGCAGCUGCAGCAGCAAACCAGCACCUGUUCUCUCGCAAUACUGCUUCGGAUGCCCUGCUGCACUCCGCUCUAUUUCAGUGGGUUGCUGCAGCAGGAGGUGCUGCAGGUGCUGCAGGUGCAGCAGACGGGGGAGCAGCAGCAGCAGCUGCAGCAGCUGCAGCAGCUGCAGCGGGCGAUCCUUCAGGUGUAAUGCAACCCGGAGGGUUGUUCUUAGGGAUGCUACCAGAGAUACAAGCGGAACAGCUGCUGCAGGAGCAGCUGCUGCAGCAGCAACUGCUGCAGCAGCAGCUAUCUGCAGCGCAGCAAGAUGCUUCCUCUAUAACAAAGGGGUUGGUGCAGCAGGGAGGGGGUGCUGCUCUUUGUGAUUUUGCUGCUACUGCUUUACAGGCUACUCAAAGCAGCACCAAACGAUCCAGUAGAGGAAGGAGCAGAAAGUUGCUGCCGCUUGAUGCAGCAAUAUCAGAGGCAUCAGGCGCUCCACCGUCUUGCUCAGGAGACACAGCAGCAGCAGCAGCAGCAGCAGCAGCAGCAGGUGUUGUUGUACCUGUUGGUUCAUCUUCAGGUUCAUCUGCAGCAGCAGGCGGUGCAUCAUCAUCAUCAUCAGCUUCCUCUGGGUCAACAGCAGCAGCAGCAGGAGGAGGAGGAGCAGGAGGAGGAGGAGGAGGAGCAGCAGCAGCAGCAACAGCAGCAGCAGCAGCAGCAGGUCUAGGGGGCCCCCUCAAGAGACUACGUCGCAGCGGCAGCAACAAUCCUGAGAGCGGCUUCCCUGGUGUCUCGUGGAACAGCCGCAUGCAAGCGUGGCUAGCAUUCUUUGUUGAUGCGGAGGGGACGAGGAGAAGUCACACUUUCAAGUGCAACAAAUUCGGAGGAGUAGAAGUAAAAUCUACACCACCAGCAGCAGCAGCAGCAGCAGCAAUAGCAGCAGCAGCAAAAGCAGCAAAAGCAGCGGUGGCUGUGGUGCUGGUUGUGGCAGUAGCAGAGUAG